GAGGGGGCCCCGGGGCCGGAGAGGGCGAGCGAAAGGGACACGGAGCACCGGGCUCCGGCUGCGCGCUGGGGGAUACCGCCAGCAGAGCCCCUAGGCGAGGGGCGAGGGGCAGGGCAGGGCUGCCCCAGGCUCCCACCUGGCUUCCCGCGGAGGCGCCAGAGGGAUGUGCAGCCCGGCCGUCGCUUAACUGCGCCCAGCCCCGAGUCAGCAGCCAAUGGAGCCAAGCGGCAGCGACUGACAAACCACCCUGCCCCCCGAGGGGAUGUGAGCUAAGGGGAGCGCGUGGAUGGUGCGUGCCCGCAACAAGUGCCGAGCCCGCGCCUGCCCGGCCCCGGGGGGCUGCCCUGCCCUGCCUGCCUGACACGUGCGCCGCAGGUCGCUGCUCCAGGGGACCUGCCUCUGGAGCUGCCAGGCUGCCCCGCGGCACAGUCGAGCUUCAGCGUCGCUGCUGUUGUUCCUGGCAGUGCGCUUCGUGCGGAGCCCCCCUCCCCUGCUCUGGUCUGCCUGGAGCCCUGGCUCAGCGGGUCCUGCUUGGACACAUGGAGAAGGAUCCCGGCUCGCCGAGGCACAGAGCCUGUUUCUCCUUCCUAAGUGUUGCCAGCGCUUCCUGGAAGUCCUGAAUCGCUCACAGCGCUGUGAGUUCAUGCACCUUCUUGCCAAGCCUCAGUCUGUAGGAUCUGGGGAGGCUGCACCGAAAGCCCUGCCUGGUCUCCCUAGCCCACUUACGCUUCCUCUGGGGUCUCUCUCCGUUGUGGCCCCCUCUUUACUCUCGCACAUGAAGAUGCACUUGCAACGGGCUCUGGUGGUCCUCUGCCUGCUGAGCUUUGCCACCGUCAGCCUCUCGCUCUCCUCUUGCACCACCCUAGACCUUGACCACAUCAAGAAGAAGAGGGUGGAGGCCAUUAGGGGGCAGAUCCUGAGCAAAUUGAGGCUCAUGAGCCCCCCCGAGACAGUGGGACCAGCUCAUGUGCCCUACCAGAUCCUGGCCCUGUAUAACAGCACCCGGGAGCUGCUGGAGGAGAUGGAGGACGAGAAGGAGGAGAGCUGCGCUCAGGACAGUCUCGAGUCCGCCUACUAUGCCAAGGAGAUCCACAAAUUUGACAUGAUCCAGGGUCUCCCCGAGCACAAUGAGUUGGGCAUCUGCCCCAAGAGCAUCACCUCCAACGUGUUCCGCUUCAACGUGUCCUCAGCAGAGAAGAACAGCACCAGUUUGUUCCGGGCUGAAUUUCGGGUGCUGCGAGUGCCCAACCCGAGCUCCAAACGCAGUGAGCAGCGCAUCGAGCUCUUCCAGAUCCUCCGGCCUGACGAACACAUAGCAAAGCAGCGCUACCUCAGUGGCAGGAAUGUGCAGACGAGGGGCUCUGCAGAGUGGCUGUCCUUCGAUGUCACUGAGACUGUGCGUGAGUGGCUCCUGCGCAGAGAGUCCAACCUGGGUCUGGAGAUCAGCAUCCAUUGUCCAUGUCACACCUUUCAGCCCAAUGGAGACAUCUUGGAAAAUUUUAACGAGGUGCUGGAGGUCAAGUUCAAAGGCAUCGACAGUGAAGAUGACCAUGGGCGUGGGGACUUGGGGCGGCUGAAGAAGCAGAAGGGCCUUCACAACCCCCACCUGAUUUUGAUGAUGUUACCCCCACAUCGGCUUGAGAGUCCGGCUCUGGGAGGCUACAGGAAGAAACGAGCUCUAGACACCAAUUACUGCUUCCGGAACAUGGAGGAGAACUGCUGUGUGCGUCCUCUCUACAUUGACUUCCGACAGGACCUGGGUUGGAAAUGGGUCCAUGAGCCCAAGGGCUACUUCGCCAACUUCUGCUCAGGCCCUUGCCCAUACCUCCGCAGCGCAGACACAACCCACAGCACGGUGCUGGGCCUGUAUCACACGCUGAAUCCAGAGGCGUCUGCCUCGCCCUGCUGUGUCCCCCAGGACCUGGAGUCCCUCACCAUCCUGUACUAUGUUGGGAGGACCCCCAAAGUGGAGCAGCUCUCCAACAUGGUGGUGAAAUCCUGCAAGUGCAGCUGAAAGGCACCCAGCCCUACCCAAAGCGGAGAGAGAAACUGUUACCACCUACUCUCCGGCUCCCAGAGUAACAUGAAGAGAACAAGGGGGCCAGAGACCUGAGCACACUAAGGCCUGGGCUUCUAACCAUGCAGUUCAGGACAUAUCACCCACUUUGGGGAUCCCUUUUGGAACAUUUAUCUGUCUUGGUGGCUCCAUGUACUUCUCUCUGAGAGUCACUUUGGUGAUGUGAAGACCACACUCCAGAAUGGCUGGACAUUUGGUGGGGAAGAGAGGGGCACUGAAUGGAGAAACUGCACAGUGUUUGGAGGCAGGGGAUAGCUGAGAAUGGGAAGCAGGAAAGUGUGAUGAGCGUGUUGGAAAGGGGGAAGGGAGGCUGGACAAUCCUUCCUGUUCUGGCUCCAGCUAUCCUAGGACUCCAGCCCUCCCUCUGUCCUGAAGAAUCAGGAUUUCUUUAUGAAGGAACAAAUAAGUUUAAAAAAAAAAUAAAGUUCACCAAGAAGGGGAUCUGAGAGACACACCCAGGCUCUUGCUGCCUCAGAGCUGGGAUGCAGGAGUCCCACAACUUACACUGUAUCCUGCAAAUCACAAAGGUCCAUUCUGUAGCUCCUGAGUACUGAGGUCUAAAUCCAAAUCACAAGCCCCACAUUCAAGCUGCUCAGGAUGAGCUGAUCUGAGAAGAGAAGGGAAGGGUGUGCUAACUCCAUUCACAGAAGGCUUGAUGUCGCCAUUUCCUUGCCAUGCAGCUCCUCUCCCCUCCUGGAGGUCCUACUAGAUGGUUUUUGUGUCAGUGCAGGUACCGUUGCUCCUGUGGGUACCUAGAUUUGGACCCAUCCAGUCUUGGGUUGUUCCCCCAAAGGACCCUGUGUUUGUUGUGGUGCAUGAGGUGCCUUAAGAAAUUCUGCAUCUCUCCUGCACAAGGACCUAGCCCAGGCUCACCUGCCAAGGUUUAAAAACAAUAUUAAUCUUAAAACCAUUGUAAAAAAAUAAAAAUUUUUUGGGGAAAUGGAAUUUUCUGACCAGAGGUAAUAUUUGCUGAAGGAGUAGAGGUUUUAUCAUAUCAGAAUUCUGUUCUAGCUGCAGCAUAGGCUAGGGUGACUGCGAGAUCUGCCCCCCACUCAGAACCACUUGUCCCAUUCUCACUGGGAACACAGAGCACGAUGGCUAGCUAGAGACUCACAAGAUGAGAUCAUGCCAGAAAGCUCCUUUUCCUCCCAUUUCCAAAUAAAACACUCAGCCUGAAGGCCAGGUCAAGACCCAUGCAGUCCACCCAAAUGGUAUCAGUUCUGUAUGUGCCACAUCCCACCUAGGCCCUCGGAUAUGCAAUCCCCUCCACCAGGUGCCGUCAGGCAGACACAACCUCCCUGUCAAUGCAAAAUAAAUACAUAAAUAAAAAACAGUGGAUAGAGUCCAACACAUAGGGCAAUGCACUUACAGAUAGCCUGCCACAGUGUACACUACAGUCACUGUGGCUUAACAACUUCACACAGUCAGUUGGAUAUGCUCUUGUUUGCAGUCUGCCAAGUGAGACAAGUAGAGUCAUAGCCUGUCACAAAUGGGCACAGACAUAUAUCGUUUUCCAAACAUGGACUUGUGCACACACAUAAAUACCAAAGAAAUUGUCCCAUAGACACAUUCAGACAGCUUCAGCUUGCCAAACCUAGCCACCCAGUUCUACUGUAUAGUCUCAGAGACCUGCCCAAGGCAAGAUAUAGCACCCACUGCUCUCACCUAGAGUUCCCACAAAGAGAGGGCAUGGUAUUCCAGAUACAGAUACACUAUCUCCUGCACUUGGACUCUUCCAGAAAGAGUGGGACCCAUAAAUAGGCCCAAUCCAAUAGCAUCAUGCACACACAGACCCUCUGACUCAGACAGCCAAAGUUACUCCUAGUCAUGUUUUUAAGACCAUAGGACAUGUUGCCCCAUCCCCAACAAUUCAGUGCUGGUAGCCUAUACUCACCACCAGCCAGGCUUCUGCAUGGGCCUCCUCUCCUUUAGGUGUAGUGCUUCCAUCAGAUCCCAGUUUGCUCCUCC